AUGGAUUCCUCGACAGGGCCCCAACGUCCAAUGGAACUACGUCUAUCUGACGAUGGUCUCUAUGCUGCACACAUGCGUGGGAAAGACCUGGCGGUUUUUUGGAAGCUCGCAGCAGAACGAAAAGAGAUAGACCUCGAAAGGCUCAAGACCAAUGGGCUCAAGACCAUAAAAUUUGCACCUACUCAGAGAUACGAUCCAGAUGGGCCCUUCGCUGAGAAGGAACGGCGUCUUCUUACGCACCAAGGUGUAUCUGUCGCAGUCUGGAAGUUCCACCCAUUGGAGCAGCUCGCCGAGAUUCAAAACAUCGAGCCAGAGUCAUUAUACGUGGACUUUGGUGGUAGUGAGAAUGAGAUUAUUGUAUUCCACAACUGGAAUACAAAGAUGACCAUCUAUUCUUUGAGCUCAGAGCGAAGCAUGGUGAUCAAAUCACCCAAGAUGGCCCAUCCCCUUGGGUAUGGGUAUCGCCCGAAGACCAGACAAUUCGCCAUACUCUUGAAGCCAGAGACGUCUGACAUACUUACCAUUCACGAGUUUCAAUCAUACGGCCUGAUUAAUCGAACGGUCCUUCCAACCAUUGAUGCGCAAGGCUUGAAAUGGAGCCCUGACGGAAAAUGGAUUGCCGUCUGGGAUAUUGCCAUUGCUGGCACCAAGGUACUGAUUUUCACAGCAGAUGGCCAGCUUUUCAGGACCUAUACCAAUACGUCAGGCCCUGAAGAUGAAAAUGAUACUGGUGUGAGACAGAUUGAAUGGAGUCCGGCUCUUGGCCACAGCGCGACUUCGGAGAUACUUGCAGUAAGCAAGGUCAACGGCAACAUUGAUCUGCUGCGCACUCGAACCUUCUCAUCGUCUACAACUCUAUCACACGUCUUUCAAAUCGAAUCGACCGCUCCCAGAAUCUGGCGGGAAAAAUACAUGAAUGCACUGGGCGAUGCGGAAUACGUCGAGACUUCGAGCUCGUCUGCAUUCAGCAUGAGUGCCGAUUCAUCGUCGGGCACACCGCGUAGCGCGUCAACCAUGACGUUCAACGCCGAUGGAACUCUGUUAGCGACGGUCGACUCCGCCAAAUCGAACGUGGUUUGGAUAUGGUCUCUGGAUGGCACACCCGGGCUGACAUCUGCUCUUGUCCACGAACAACCGGUCCGACAGCUCGCAUGGCACCCCUCGACAUCACAGCUACUUAUCAACGCCAUCACGAACAAUCUUCCUUCCGUACGAUACUGGUCUCCGCAUAGUCCACCCGUCAUCGCUAGGGUUCCUACAAAAAAGUGUGACAGUGGGAGGUAUGAGGUAAAGUGGCUGACAGUGCCUGACCAGAGGUAUCUUGAUGAACCCUCGGGUGACUAUAUCCAUGACUCGCCAUUUUGGUUUGGGUCUAAUGAGGAAUGGGUGGUGGGGUAUCUAUCUGAGGAGGGCGACGCUGCCUAUUUCAGGGUGAUCAACUCGAUUGUCAACAGUCAAUAG